GCAGGUUAAUGGUUUACGUUGAUCUGAACGUUAACCAUUCACAGCCGGUCGGCAGGUGGCGCACAGCGGAAGCUUCAUGUCAACAGUCUUCAGUUUAAGACGCAGCAGCACAGGCACAACUGAGAUAUCGUAGGAGCUAGGUGUCUGUGUAAUAUAAGUCUUGCCUAGUUUGAUUUAAUACAUAUUCCGUCCCAGAAAUAUCACUGUUUUGAACCACUGUGCUUCGGCCGCAAAACGUUGCAGCGGCUGUGUCACUAAGUAUUUUAUUUUGAAAACCCAGCCACCGGAAAUGUGACUUAUCACAUAUACUGGCUUGACAGCGGUUCCACAGGCACAUCAGAUGUACAUGCGAGGGGAAUGCUGACCUAAUUAACUCUACAAGGGACGACAACAACGACGACGACACACCACAGCGACCGAAGUGAAUGUCACUUUACUCAACAAGAAGAAACAAUGCGUGGGACUUGGUGUUAUUGCAGAGAAAGCUCCACCAACCUGUCUGCCUAGAAACCAACACAGAGCUAACAAGCGUGCUAUUGACUGCUGUGACCAAGAGAGAGGAAGAGGAGGAAGCAACAGCCAAAUAGAGACACACACACAGAGAGAGAGAGAGCUUGUCCUCUCUGGAUAUAAGGAGGGUUUUUGGUCACAGAGAUCAUUGUUUUGCAGAAACUUCUCAAGGGAAAAGUAGCCAUUGAAAUGUCUAUAAUGGCUGAGCUGUCAUCAGCCCAGGUGCACCUGAGCAUUACUGGUGCAGCAAACGCUCAGUCACCACCAGCCUGUGGGCUUUUGCUGCGCAGUAAAUCUACCGUGUUGUAGAUCGAGGAGGAAAGAACGUGAACAAAUCCAACACAGUUUUGUUUUGUCUGGAUUAUCUUUACCUGGACCUUUUUUCCCCUUGUUUGGUGGCUUACCUUGGAGAGAAAAAACAAGCGCAGGAGGACUAAUGACUGUUUGUGAAUUUGGGAUUUACUGAGCCGUUCAUUACGGCACGGAGGGAGGCUGCUGGGGCUCGAGCGUCCAUGUGCAGGAAUUCAGAUCCACAUAUGGAGGCAGACCUUACAGUGUUCUUCUGGUGGGACGUUGUGGUGGAAGAGGCUCGCUCACGUCUUGAACAGUGUCCCGGGACUUGUGCUGUUCACUCCUCCUCCUUUUUUAUUUUUUUUUUUAGCCCAUUCUGCUGGAAUAACUUGCAUGAUAAUUUGCAAGGGUGGGGGGGGGAAGUGCAGUAUGGCUCUUUUACUCCAAACAACUCCAUGUGUUUCUCAUCAAAUCACGAGUCUGCCUUCCUGAAGCGUUUCUAUACUUGAAAAGGACAUUUUACUUUUGUACCUCAAGACAACAGAUUACCAUAAGCGGAAGAACAUUAUGUGAACGAGUGCUGGACAACAAUCUGCAUCUUGCUCCUUUUUUUUUUUUUGACUCAUUCGGCAAGUGAGGUGUCUGAGCAGCUGAGCCUGUGAAGGCUCCGGAGGCGGCCAUGUUCCAUCUCUUCCUCAGAGUGCUGGUGUUGACCCGUCUUCACCCGUUGCCUCACAGCACCUGGCUGCCAACCUAACUCCUCGCUCCUGCUCUCUUCACGCAUCUCUUUCUUCCAGCGCCUGGCCGGGAGAAAGGUCCUUGUGUAAAAUGUCCUAUGCACACCACAAGCUGCUCACCUGGAGCUUACCUCACCUCCUCCUUCUACCGCUGACCUACCUCUUGCUCUUGGCGACUCCCACAGGUGUGACAGCAAAUCUCUGCCGGGUGACCGGCGGGUUGCUGGGGAUCCACUGGAGCAGCGUCAUCAGCCUGGGUUGGAACUCUCUGGCCAAGGGGAGAGGCGGGGCGACAUGUUGGGAGUCCUGCUGCCUGAAUCCGAGCUGCAACGCCGUGUGGAGCCUCGGUGGACAAUGCGUGCUCCUUCGCUGCACGCGGAGUACGGGCUGCCCCAUCACCUUCCUGCCCCAGCCCCACCAGGAGUCCAUCGGCCUCCUUCAGUUGCUCUCAAAGAGUCCCGUCAUCACAGCAAGACGUAGAAGAGCUCUUCCCGCACAGCUUGAAGGAAGCCACAAGCCGCAGGCGGGAAAACCAACCAGCACGGAAAACCCCAAAGUGGAAACGGCUCACCUAACUCCGACAGCACCCAACACCGUCGCGCUGCUUCAAACGGCCCAAAAGAACCAGAGCCAGCCAGCCAACGGGAGUGCAGACAUCGCUCCAGCUCCAUCAAAGCAGAACUCAACGGACACCGUUGAUUCUGCCGCGUCUUCCAACAGCAGUGAUGUCAGCACACCCGCGACGCCUGCAACUGCAAUCAUCACGACGCAAACACAGGCCGUGAGGGAGCUGGUGGUGUCAGCAGGAGAGAGUGUGGAGGUCACGUUGCCCCGCAACGAGGUCGAGCUCAACGCCUUCGUGGUCUCAACGCCCCCACCAGGGACAAACUAUGCAUUUAACUGGCGUCUGAUAACUCAUCCCAAAGAUUACAGUGGGGUGAUGGACGGGAAGCACAGCCAGACACUAAAACUCAGCAAGCUGACUGUGGGCCUGUAUGCGUUUGAGGUGAUGGUGGACGGGGAGGGGGCUCAUGGAGAAGGUUACGUCAAUGUCACAGUCAAGCCAGAGCCGCGGGUAAACAAGCCUCCUGUUGCCGUAGUUUCCCCAAAGUUCCAGGAGAUCUCCUUGCCAACCAGCUCCACGGUCAUCGACGGCAGCCAGAGCACAGACGAUGACAAGGUGGUGGCUUGGCACUGGGAAGACGGUAAAGGUCCCCUGUGGGGGGCGAAAGUCUCUACUGACAGCCCCGUCCUCACCCUCACCAACCUGGUGCCCGGGAACUACGCAUUCAUUUUAACAGUGACGGACUCAGACGGAGCCACAAACUCGACACAGGCCACCCUCUUGGUCAACAAAGCCAAGGACUACCGGCCUGUGGCCAACGCCGGCGCGAACCAGGUCAUCCAGUUGCCACGCAACUCCAUCACUCUGUAUGGCAACCAAAGCACCGACGACCACGACUCCCUGUCCUACGAGUGGUCCCUCAGCCCUGAGAGCAAAGACAAGGUGGUGGAGAUGCAGGGUGUACGGACGCCGAUCUUGCAGCUGUCGGCUAUGCAGGAGGGAGACUACACCCUCCAGCUGACAGUGACGGACUCCUCCGGACAGCAGGAAACGGCGCAGGUCACCGUCAUUGUGCAGCCAGAAAACAAUAAGCCACCAGUAGCAGAUGCAGGACCGGAGAAAGAGCUGACGCUGCCUGUUGAUCGAACCACGCUGGAUGGCAGUAAGAGCACCGACGACCAGAAGAUAGUCUCCUACCACUGGAAGCAAUCCAAGGGUCCUGACGGUGUGAAGGUUGAGAAUGCAGACACCGCCGUUGCCACGGUGACGGGUCUUGAGGUCGGCACGUACGAGUUCACCCUGACCGUAGCUGAUGAGAGGAAGCUGCAGAGUAGCCACGCUGUGACGGUCAUCGUCAGAGAAGAACUGGACCAGCCGCCAGUGGCUCACGUUGUGUCGAGUCCACCCAUCGCUCUGCCCGUCAGGACCGGCACUCUCGAUGGAUCUCACUCCACUGACGACAAAGGUGGAGUCGGCUACCUGUGGACCAGAGAUGACAGCAGUCCUGCUGCGGGGGAAGUACUGAACAACUCUGACCACCAGGCGGUGCUGUUUCUGGGAAACCUGGUGCAGGGGAAGUACAGCUUCACCCUGACUGUAACGGACAGUAAGGGACAGACCAGCACUGACAGCGGCACAGUGGAGGUCAAACCAGACAUAUGGGAGCGUGACCUGGUGGAGUUGGUGCUGGAGGUCUCUGUCUCCCAGGUAUCCCACCGUCAGCGCGACAUGCUGCUGCGCCAGGUGGGCGUUUUACUGGGCGUGCUCGACAGUGACAUCACCGUGCGAGAGAUCAGUGCGUUUAAUGAGCACAGUACUCGUCUGAUCUUCCUGGUGUCGGGCGGUCCGGGGCGUCCUCCUCUGUCAGGCCGCAGCGUUGCACUUAGCCUCGGCAACAAACUGCGCAAACAGAAGAAUGACUUUCUGAUCUACAAGGCCCGACGAGUGGAUACAGUCAUCUGCCAGAUGAACUGCUCGAGUCACGGCGAGUGUGACACGUUCACACGGCGCUGUGUCUGCCACCCGUUCUGGAUGGAGAACUUCAUCAGAGCUCAGCUUGGAGAUGCAGAGAGCAAUUGCGAGUGGAGCGUCCUCUAUGUGACUAUAGCAUCCUUCAUGAUCGUGGUUGCUAUUGCGACAUUUGUCUGGGGGAUGGUGUGUUGCUGCAACAGGCGUAAGAGCAAAGUGCGCAGAAGCAAAAGCAGGUAUAAAAUGCUAGAAGCUGAUGAGCGAGACAGUCUGGAGCUACAACCACCUAGAGCUGCCCGCAUGAAGCCGGUGCCCGCUCCCACCUCCUCCGCCCUCAUGCACUCAGACUCUGACCUGGACAGUGACGACGGGCAGGGCGGGGUCCCGUGGACGGAGCAGGAGCGCGGGCAUCUCCUGCGGCCCCAGAACGGCUCCCUGAGGAACGGCCAGGGGCCGGGGAGGGGCAAGAAGCAAAGAGAAGAGCUGCUAUAGCAAGAGAAGAGGGGGAGAACAGCCAUCAUCACCCCC